CAAAAAGGUUGUAACACUAAACGCCACGGAAGUCCAUAUAAAUAAUAAGAUGGGUGAGGUGUCUGCAGAGGCCAUCACCCUGAACAUGCUAAGAGAAGCCAGAGAGACGGUGAGGAGCAGCCCCUUGGGCGUCAUCCACACCCCCAUGAUUGGCUGGAGCCAGACGUCCCUCCCUCUCAGCAUCAGCUGCAACAUCCACAUCAAACUGGAAAACAUGCAGAGAACUGGGUCUUUUAAGAUCAGAGGAGUCGCCAAUCAGUUUGCCAGGAGACUGGCAGGCAACCGUUAUGUCACCAUGUCUGCCGGGAACUACGGGAAGGCUUUUGCAUAUGCCUCAAAACACUAUGGGUCAAAGGGCAAAGUGGUGAUGCCAGAAACUGCCCCAGAGUCCAGGUCCAUCCUCAUACAGAGUUUUGGGGUUGAGGUGGAGCGAGCUCCUACAUCCUGUCUGGUAAAUGUGGUGAACCGCUGCGUUCAGGAGGACAACAUGACCUUACUGCAUCCCUACGAUGACCUGGAUCUAAUUGCAGGACAUGCCAGUCUAGGUAUGGAGGUGCUGGAUGUGAUACUGGAGCCGGACGUGGUGGUGGUGUGCUGCGGUGGAGGCGGGCUGCUGGCCGGAGUAGCUGCUGCCAUCAAACUGUCAGGUUGUGACAACACCAGGAUCUAUGGUGUGGAACCGGAAGGAGCUUGCACAAUGUACAAAAGCUUCAUUGAGAAGAAGCCAGUAGGAAUGGACAGUAAGAGCAUCGCAUCAGGUCUUGCACCACCUUUUGCAGGCAGACUCCCCUAUGAGCUGUGCCAGCGUUACGUGGAAGGGAUCGUCCUGGUUAGCGAUGAGGAGAUCACAGCGGCAGUGUCCACCCUCUACAGAUCUGGGCUGGUGGUGGAGCCAUCAGGCGCCGCUGCUUUUGCUGCCAUCAUUAACAACAAGAUACCAGAGCUGGAGGGGAAGAAUGUUGUGUGCAUCCUCACUGGAGGGAACAUCGGAAAAGACGAGCUCUCUAAAUUUCCAGACUGACAAACUCCUGUAUGUGAUUUCUUACAAAAUUGUGCCAGGACCCCUUUAAGAAAACAGUUUAGAAUAAACAUGGUUGAUAUGAUACAUAUGAUACUACUGCUGAUUUUAUACAGGUGUGGUCUUGGAAGUGAUUGAAACACAUGAAUUCAAUUAUUUGGAUAGGUGAAUGAAUACUUUUGGAGAUAUAGUGUAGCUUACUGUGGUACACACAGUCACAUUUUAAAUACUAUAUUAAGUAUUUCUCAAUGAGUCCCACUAACACUUUGUUAAUGGUUAAUAAUUACUUUGUAAACUAUACACAUUUUCUAAAAUAGCAACUGAUGUUUACACUACGUGGUAAAUGGUUAAUAAAAGAUUUGUAAGGCAUCUAUAAGCAUCUGAAUGGUUAUUGUAACCAUAUGUUUAUAAUAUUUAUUGGUCCUCCUUCACUAUAUCCAUGAACCUCCUCUGACAUCUUCCUCUUGUCCUCCUUCCUAGCAGCUCCAUAUUCAAUAUCAUUUGCCCAGUAUAUCCACUAUCCCUCCUCUGCACAUGUCCAAACCCUCAGCCUUGCCUCUCUAACUUUGCCUCCUAUUUGCUCAACG